ACUGGAGAGAUCAAGAGUCUCCAAACUGUAAGCCAACAACGGCAUGGGUAUGCCACCAGAUAACAUAUUUUGGCGAAGAUCUAACCGACGCAGCCGUUUCAUGGAAAACAACUCACCGGGUAUUGUUCCUGUGAAAAGAUUUGUCGACAUAAGCAAUGUUUCCAGCUUUGAGCACCUGGAGAUGCCAGCUGGUAUGGGACCCGAGAUGCUGUUCGUGCUGAAAUUUAUGGAGGAAAGGUUCUUGAGUUGGCACAGAAGUGGUACGAGGAAUGAUCCUCGGAUGUCCAUUCCCGGGAGCCAUAUCUCUGUGACGCUUCCCUUGUUGCAUGAAAUAAAAGGCCACUGACACGGAGAGGACGUCGAGUUCCACUGGUAAAGAUAUAUAAAUACUUUCUGGAAACUGAUGAGAAUAUUCAAUAUGGUUAACCCUUGCUAUAGUCGAAAUUCAUACCCCUUUGUACAUUGUCCUAAAGUGUGAAACUAUGUCUUUAAGAAAAAAAUGAUCACCGCUAUUGGUUCAUAUGGUUUCAAGGUGGGUCAAAAGAGAGAGCGGGCUGCCACCCAUGAAGUUCUGUCAGUUCGAGACCCUGAGUUCAGCCUGGAAGCUUAUGACCUGCCGCAUGUGCUGGAAGAUGAGCCGGCUCCUCUCUUUCCUUUAGCAGAAGGGCAAUCCACUGUAAGGCCACCAUUUUUUGAUGGAACAAAUUACUCCUAUUGGAAGGAGCGGAUGAGAUUUUUUGUUCAAUCUAAUGACUUCAAAAUCUGGCUUGCUAUCAAGAAUGGAGAUAGCUUGCCGAUGAAGAAGAUAGGCGAUACACUCAUCCCGAAGAACGAGGAUGAAUAUGAUGAAACCGACUUCAAGAAGGCUCAAUUGAAUGCCACCGCCAUAAACUUCUUGUAUUGUGCUGUCAACGCCAAUGAUUAUCAAAAGAUAUCUCGUUGCCAAACCGCCAACCAAAUGUGGAACAAGCUCAGAAUCACAUACGAAGGUACGCCGCAAGUUCGUGAAUCAGAAAUUGAUUUACUAACCCAUGAAUAUGAGUUAUUUGCUAUAAAAGAGAACGAGCUUGUAGAGGACAUGUUUGAAAGAUUUUCAAACAUCGUCAACGACCUUGAUAUGCUUGGAAAGACUUUCACCGACAAGGAGUUAGUGAGGAAAAUCCUGCGGAGUCUUACCAAGGAAUGGGAGUCGAAGGUUAACUCCAUUUAUGAAGGCCAAGAUUACAAUGUCAUCACAUACGACGGUCUUCGAGGUAACCUUAUGACUUACGAAACAAAUCAUCUUUCUCAUACUCUUGACAUUAAGAAGAGAACGGGAAUUGCUUUUAAAGCAUCUUCUUCUCAAAAAGUAGAGAUUGGUGAUUCUUAUUCGGAUAGUGAUAGUGAUUCUAGCACUUCCUGUGAUAUUUUUAUUGAAUGUUUUAACGAGUUUUUGAAACAUGAGCUAAAUAAGAGCAAGAAGAAAAACACCCCAAAAUGUCACAAGUGCGGAAGGCUUGGCCACCAAAACUUUGAGUGCUCGAAGCUCAAGAAAAUGAGCAAACAAGAUGAAUUCGCGUAUUUUUCAUGGAAGUACGAUCAACCUUCCAAAUACGAUUGCCUCAUCGCUCUUGAAGAACAAGAUGGGUGGUCGGGUACGUGACGCACUUGAAAGUCUCGUUUAAGUAAUUAAGGUAUAACUCUUUUCAUUUUUGACAAGAUACAAUUGCAAAUAAGAAUUGAUAUGGUGCACUUGCAUUUUGAUGCUUUUUUUAAUACAUUAUAUAUACUCCAAUACAUAUAUGUAAAUUUAUUGUAUUAAACCUUUUUGUUACUAGCUUAGCCUCUUCUUUGCCAAGUAAAAGAGGUCUCUACAUUUUGGAUGGGAGGAGUUUCCUUAGCUCCUUUCUGAGAAUCUUCUCUGUAGAGGACUUGGGUAUUGACGUUGUGAAAUACACCCGCCUCACCUUCUUGUAAGGUGAGACGUGGUUGGCCACAAAAUCGAUUAGAUUUGCCUCAGUUAAUGCAGAACCGUUCCCUCUCACCA